AUGUGGCCGAGAUUAGUAGCUAACAAGAUUCUGAAGAAAGGACUGGGAAGCAACAGCUUUGUUGCUGAUUUCCCCAAAAGCAACACACAACCUGAUUUGCUUGAGGUUCCAAGCAUUGAGCACCGAUCUCUCAGCUCUGAUAGCAUCCUCAAUAAUAUUAAUCACAAGGAUUUACAAACCUACAAGGUUUUUGUUAGCACGUGGAAUGUUGGCGGGGUUACACCAAAUGGAGAUUUGAAUAUGGAAGAUUGGCUGGACACAUUCAACACCCUUUGUGACAUAUAUGUUCUUGGAUUUCAGGAAAUGGUACCUCUAAGAGCAUCCAAUAUUCUGGGAUCCGAGAAUAUGGAUAUUUCAAGGAAAUGGAAUUCACUAAUUAGAGAAGCUUUGAACAAAAGGAAAUGUAACAAAGAAGAUAAUAUGCAAGUGGAGAGCAGCACUACUGAUUGUCUCGACGAUCAGGACUUCUGGUGUAUAGUAAGCAAGCAGAUGGUGGGGUUAUUGAUCUCAGUUUGGGUUAGAAGAAACGUUCGUCCAUACAUCCGACAUCCCAGUGUCUCGUGCGUAGGUUGUGGCAUUAUGGGUUGCCUAGGAAACAAGGGUUCGGUAUCAGUUAGAUUUCAGUUACAUGAAACAAGCUUCUGCUUUGUGUGCAAUCAUUUGGCUUCUGGGGGCAAAGAAGGUGACGAAAAGCAUAGGAACUCUGAUGUGUCUGAAAUACUAUCUCGUACAUACUUUCCUACAAGCCUUUCACUCCAUUUGCCCAGAAAGAUUUUAGAUCAUGAGUAUGCAUCAUGCAAAAUCAUGUGCAGUCGCGUGAUUUUGCUUGGAGAUUUGAAUUAUAGAAUUUCUUUACCAGAAGCAACAACCCGAUUGUUGGUAGACAGAGGAGAUUGGAGUACUUUACUAGAAAAUGAUCAGCUAAGGAUGGAGCUCAUGGAGGGACGAGUAUUUGAAGGUUGGCAUGAGGGAACAAUCCAAUUCCCUCCAACUUACAAAUAUUGGCCAGAUUCUGAUGUAUAUUUUGGAUUCACUCAAGCCAAAAAAGCCCAUAAGUGGCGAUCUCCGGCAUGGUGUGACAGGAUAAUUUGGUAUGGGGAGGGACUAAAGCAGUACUUGUACACAAGAGGUGAAUCAAACUUGUCAGACCAUAGACCUGUCAAGGCAAUAUUUACUGCAGAGGUUAAUGUCUUAAGAACACUGAAAGGAAUCCAAAGCUUCUUUCUGUCAAACAGAUUUGAGAGAUUUACACAUCAACUAUCCUCAAACGAGGGAGUCAAUCUUUUUGAUGGAAGCUCAAGCUUCAAGUUUUAA